CCCAACAGAAAGUCGUCGAUUAGUUGUAGCCAAAAGGAUGAAGAAUGAAGUCUAUGAGGCUGCUGCAUCAGGAAACGUAGAGUUCCUUAAAGAAGUCGGAGCUACGGAUAUCGAAACGGUGGUAGCUGCCUACACCAGUGUCGAUCUCCUAGCAUUGACUAGCCAUGGAAAUAACAUUAUCCAUCUUGCUGCGCAACACGGGCACCUUAAAAUUCAUCACGGAGGCUUUGAAAAUCUUGCCUGCAUCCGUCGAUCGAAUAAAACUAAUAUGUGGGAAAAACACCGAGGGCGAUACCCCUCUCCAUAUGGCUGCCAAAUUACAGACCAAAGAGAUAGCCGAGCAUCUGAUUUCCUCCUAUGAGGAUCUUUGUGUUGUCGAUGAUGCCGAGCAAGAGAUAACCUUGCUGUGGAGGGUUCAUAAUAACCAGGGCAAUGCACCACUACAUGUAGCAUUAAUGAAUGGGGGUAAGAGUAUCCAAGUUGCGUUUUACUUGUUUUGUGUUGGUCCUGAAGUGGCUGCCUGUACCAAUCACCGCAACGAAACCCCGCUGCAUCUCGCCGUUAUGUAUGAUAACCAAGGUGCUAAAAUGUCAACGAUAAACAUGAUCAACAAACUCAAUGGGCAAGGGGCGUCAUUGACUUUUAUGAAAAACCUUUUUGAAGAAGACUCACUUUCUUUGAUAAAAUUUUUAUUAGAGGAAAACAGCACAGUUUGUUGCUUCCAUGAUGCAAAUGGGAUGACCCCUUUACUUAGAGCAACAAUCAACUCUUAUCUACCAGUUGUCGAAGCCAUAAUUAGUAGCUGUCGCGAGUCGAUUGAGAUUUGUGAUUUUAAGGGCAGGAAUAUCUUGCAUCACAUAAAAUUUUCAUCUUUCAUAAAGGCAAAUAAGUUCUUGAGGAUUUCAGGAGUUUCUGUGUUGCUGGAUCAACAAGAUGAUGAUGGGAAUACACCAGUGCAUAUUGCUGCACAAAAUCAUGACUUUGGUAUGAUAAAAGCUAUGAUUGAGAGCAAUGAUAACUUUGCAAUAAAGAAUAACGAGGGGAUUUCAGCCGCAAGUAUAAUUCAGUCUGAUUCAAAUUUUUCAACGACAUAAUGGUAUGGCUCUACAAUCUAAUAUUAUACACUUGAAGAGCAUGGAUGUGGUGAGAGGAUACACUAUAAAAAAAUUGUGAUGAAAGUAAUAGAAAAUAUAAAAAUUUUGCACACAACUUAAUAAUGCACUUUAUACAAUACUUUCCUUUAAUUUGAAUUAAUUAAUGAUCAUGUUAUCUUAGGUUUUUUUUUUUCCUCUUUCUUCUGAAUGGAUCAUUUUAUCUUAGUUUAAUAAACUCGUUACUAUAAAUAUAACGAUUUUAAUAAUUUUAUCUAUUAUUGAAGUGUUGAUCACUUAUUUUGUGGUAGUUAUUUUGUCUAUAUGCUAAUUUUGUUUCCUAGUGAUGUCCUCAGUUAUUGAUUACAUUUUGAUGACUGUUGUUAUUGAUUUACGAAUAUUUUAUCUUUAUGUGAGUACUGAUUUACGAAAAGAAAAAUAAAUUUUAAAAAAAACCUUUAUUGCAGAAGAAGGAAAACGACAAUUGUGCAACUCAUGGUGAGCUUAUGAGUAAAGAAAUUUAUUCAACAGCUGCUACUAAUGGUGACUGGGGUUCGUGUUACCUGACUCAACCUAGUGUGUCGUUCCAAUAGGUGUGGGUACCUUGCAUUGUACCAUCGUUUCGCGAAAGAACAUAUAGCUGUAGUGUAAAGAACAAACUAUUAAAAUGGCACUAAUCGGUUUGUUUCAAAAAAAGAAAAAACACACAC